GCCAAUCAUAUAAAAAGUUUUUGGAAACACGAUUCACACAGCGUGUUAGCUCGAGCGCGCUUAGAAGGUUACCAUGGAUACCGCCAGGCCCAGCUAACGUAGUUUGGCUAACAGGCUAAUUUACAGGCUAGUGUUUUAACAGGUUAGCACGCUAAGCUAGCAGGUUAGCACGCUAAGCUAACUACAGGGUCUGUGUUUGUCAUCAUGGGGAGAGAUGUGGAGGAGGUCGCGGCUGCUGUGGUGCGGGAAUAUCUCAGCAGAAAGGGUCUGAAGAAAACCAUCACCUGCAUGGACGAAGAGCUUCCACGGACACUGUCGAGCAUAAACAACCGCUCCGAGCUGUGCAGAGUGCUCCACUUAGAGAGCCUGUAUAAGAAGAAUAAGUGCGAAGAACGGCCGCUGAAAACGAUGCUGGAGAUCAUGACGAAGGAGCGAAUGAAGAAGAGCGGAGACACCAAAAGACAUCCUGUGGAGGUGGAUCAGUGCGUGGAGCAGAACUCGAGAAAUCCCGAUUCUGCUGACGAUGAAGCACACGCGUUUGAGACAAAGUUAUCUGAGACGGGCUCCAUGUCCCAGCUCAGCUCCUCCACCUCAUCUCCACCUGCCACAGAAGCAAACCUGAACAUGGCGUCACAUUCAGCAGGCAAGGGCUCGGGGAAGACGGGUGGAGGUGGGGACGGCCAGGCGAGCAGGGGCAGCAGGAUGAGGAGGGGCAUCAUGCCAGGUCCUAUUGUUGCCUCCACUCAGGAAAACCCCAGGAGACGUCCUGCCAGAAUGACCCCAGCGUCUCCGAAACUUCUACUCAGGAAAGAAGACGAGAAUUCAGCCAAACCGAGCCCGAGGAGACGGAGCAUCAGCACAGACGCUUCACAAAUAAAAUCUGACGAGUUAAACUCCCUCGAGCGUAAAAACACAACGAACAUCAGACAGAGCGACGGAACGGACAGAGCCCCUAGACUCAGAGAUCGCAAACGUGAACCAGUGCCUAGUCCAAGACAGGACGCUCUUCAUAUGACCCAACUGGUUCUGGAUGAUGUAGACGAUCAGGAAGCGUCGUCCGGACCGCCUUUGCUUCUGAAUAAUAACGUCUUACGUCAUCCCGAUUGGAAUAAACGUCCCAUGGACCAGAAAACCGCCACCGCGCUGAAGGAGAUGAUCUUCGGCACUCCCGCCGCCUGCUUCAGCGACGAGUGGAGAUGUCAGAGCUUCACCUUUUCCAGCAGACCUGCCCUGAGAUACGGCAUCGUUCAGAAGAAGGGCGGUCCGUGCGGAGUGCUCGCCGCCGUUCAGGCCGCCGUUCUCCAGAAUCUUCUGUUUGAAGGCAUCAGCAGUGACGCACUUUCUGAGAGACUGUCCGACGCCGUGAGGACAAAGUGCCUGACUGACACCAUGGCUGGAAUCCUGUGGAGAGCCGCAGACAGGAAGAACGUCACCGUCGCCAUAAACUCAGGGAGGACUCAGUUCAUCCCCACAGGAUACUACAGAUCUGACGGCGUUCUGGAGAUGAUCACCUGCGUGGACGUUCAAAGCUUUGAGGACUUAAAGCUCCUGAUCGAACAGCACAUUCAUCAGUUCGAGUCGGGUCCAUUCGGCUGCGUCUUGCUCAUUGUCUCCGCCGUCCUGUCCAGAACGAUUCCGAUGGUGAGAGGGGACAUGGACGUUCCUACUUCCACUCUGAUUGGCGCGCACGGCUACUGCACGCAGGAGUUGGUGAACCUGCUGCUUUGUGGACGCGCCGUCUCGAACGUCUUCGAUAACGAGAUGAAGCUCGACUCUGGAAACGGACAUUUCACCCUGCUGAAGGGGAUCAGAGAGCGAAGCGACAUCGGAUUGCUGUCUUUGUACGAACAUUACAACAUAUGUAAGGUCGGUUCUUACCUGAAGAACCCAAGGUUUCCGAUCUGGGUGGUGUGCAGCGAGAGUCACUUCAGCGUCCUCUUCUCUCUGUGUGAAGAUCUGACGUCCAGCUGUUGGAGCCCACGAGAGUUUGACCUGUAUUACUACGACGGCCUGGCCAACCAGCAAGAGCCCAUCAGAUUAACCGUGUAUCCAGACUCUGCUCUAAAGGCGCCGGACGCCGAGGACGCGGAUUCUGACCUCACACCUCCGCUGGAGCUCUGCAUCAGGACCAGAUGGACAGACGCAGCCGUGAGUUGGAAUGAAAGCGAGCCCAUCCUUUGAUUAGGGGAUUGAUCAGAUCGACCGUCUCGGUUCCUCACUCACUUCUUUUCAUCGUCUGUAACGUCGCUGCUACACGAGCGCACGCUCAGGAUCCCGUUCCUAUUUGUUCCUUAUUUAUCAGAACGGUUUUCCGUCUUUUCCGCCCGGGAGCAGAAUUCCUCGGUGUUGUUGCUGUUCUCCGACAGCAGAGGGCGUGGUCACGACUAAUCCCUCUGAGCUGAUGUGUUAUCGAAGUGCUCUUAUGUUCUAUCACUCAUGGUUAAUAAAGUGCUGUUGUAGAAUCAGUGUGAAGGUGAAGUGGAUUCUCUCUAUCCAUCCUGAAACACUGAUUCUUUUCCUCUAACAGCACAUUUUUGGUUUGUUUUGGGGUUUUUUCUGUUAUUCCCGUUCCAGUCGAUUUCUGCAGUGCGUUUGCUUUUAUAUAAGUUUUGACUUCAUGAUCUGUUUAUUUUUUUUUUCAUUUUCGCAUGUUUUAUUUAAUCCUAAUGGAUUGUUAGGAUAUAUUUAAUGAUAUUUAACUGAAUUGUAUAAUACAAUUAUAUAUAAUAUAUAAUUAUAUAAUUGUUUUUCUUUCCACUUUUAUGACCUAGAUUUAACUUUUGAACUUUUUGCCUUUAAAUCGGUGUUGUUUGAUCCGAGACGGAUUAAAUCUAAAGUCGGAUUAAAUCUGCCGUAUCCUCUGUUAAACCUCCUGCAGCAUCAGUGGAAAUUAAAAGUUUACACACCCCA